AUGUCAUCUACAGACGAUUCCCCUGCCUCGACGGGUGAUACCGAAAAGGUCCGACCGAACACCAUGCCGCGAUGGAAGCGGAUCUUUGGUGACAAACCCAAUCGUGACCGAGAUUCAGCCGAUAUGUCAAAUUAUCGUCCAACCUCUACCCUGGGUAUUCUUAGUGAUAAGGAGACGGAUGAAGUACCUGGAACGGUCCUUCUUCUCGCAUCAGAUCGAAAUGAACCUCUGGGAAUGCGCCACCAGCCGCAACGGAUGUCGGCCUCUUCACUUCCCACGAGUAUCCAACCAACCUCGCGCUCAUCAUCUCGAAAUGCCGCCCCACAGAUAAAGCGAACCGCGGAUGGGCAGAUUGUUUUAGAGCCUCAACCCGAUGACUCCGUCAACGACCCCCUCAACUGGCCUGUGUGGCAACGAGAUACCGCGCUGAUUUCCUUGGGCUUUUAUUGCUUGAUUGGAGGCGGUAUGACUACCAUUUUGGCUGCUGGGUUCAGUGACGUUGCAGCCACCUACAAAGUGACGGAGCAACAAGUGGCUUUUACCACCGGUCUUUACAUGAUGGGCUUGGGCAUUGGGUCGGUGAUUAUGUCGCCGACAGCAAUCUUGUUUGGAAAACGCCCUGUUUAUCUCCUCGGUGCAGUUCUUUUCAUACUCUCGGGUAUUUGGUGUGCUCUUUCUCCGAAUUAUCCGAGCUUGGUGAUUGCUCGGAUCUUCCAGGGUAUCGCGGUGAGCCCGGUUGAAUGCCUCCCAUCGGCUACUAUCGCUGAGAUCUAUUUCUUACACGAGCGGGCCUAUCGGGUUGGUAUCUACACCCUAUUGCUGCUUGGUGGAAAGAAUUUGGUUCCCCUCGCCAGUGCUGCAGUGAUUGGUAGUCUUGGUUGGCGUUGGGUAUUUUGGAUUGUGUCGAUUAUCGUCGGCGGCUUUGUGGUUCUCUUGUUUUUCUUUGUCCCAGAGACCUUCUGGGAUAGGACUCCACGCCCUCGGCGCUCUCACAAGCGACCACAUGCGCACCGAACUGUUUCCGACUUGAUGUCCCACGGGUUCCGAGGGCGUCGUCCUCAUGUGCAGCUUCAAGACGAAUCAAUCGCACCAAAUGAUGAAGAGGUACCCACACCAACGGAGAGGAAAAACAAAAAUGCUCACGUUGGAUUUGCAAAUGAUGUGCCGGCAAAUGAGAAACCGGCGAUGGAAGGCGAGGGAAAUCAUGUCUUUCCCCACAUUGAAAGCCAUACCGCUCAGGAUCAGAUCCUGGCGGACCCAGUCAGCCUAAAUCUUGACCAAAGUAGUGGUCUGCAGCAUCUUCAACCUGCUCAUAUCGAUGCCUCCCAUCUCACCCCAGCUGAUUUGGAAGCGGCACGAUCCGGAGCCUUUUCACCUUCAUCAAACGGGUCCCGUGAACCCAGUGCCCAUCUCUCCUCCACCCUCCAAUACACAAACCGACUACGUGACCGCCCAAGGGUUACAUAUGUUCAGCGACUCAAGAUUUGGAAUGGGCGCAUUACCCACGACAAGUGGCUGAAAAUCGCUGCCCGCCCAUUCAUCUUAUAUGCCUAUCCGUCUGUUCUUUGGUCGGCUGUAGUCUAUGCCCUAUCUGUUGGAUGGCUUAUUGUUAUCUCUGAGUCCGUCUCCAAGAUCUUCGAAAGCUCAGAGAGUUAUGGAUUUACUGCCCUACAGACUGGGUUGGUCUACAUCUCCCCCUUUAUUGGUGGCCUACUCGGUACCGCAGUAGCAGGCAAAGUUUCGGACAUGGUUGUACGAUUCCUCACCCGACGCAACGGAGGAAUCUACGAGCCCGAGUUCCGCCUAGUCAUGGCGAUCCCCAUCGCACUGUCCACCACGAUCGGGUUGAUGGGAUUCGGCUGGAGUGCACAAAUCAAGGAUUCUUGGAUUGUACCUACCAUCUUUUUUGGUUUAAUUUCUUUUGGCUGCUGCUUGGGCAGCACGACUGCCAUCACAUUCUGUGUGGACAGUUACCGCCAGUAUGCGGGAGAAGCUCUGGUGACUUUGAACUUUACCAAAAACGUUGUUCACGGACUUGUUUUCUCACUCUUCAUCGUAGACUGGCUUGAGGCCGAUGGCUUCCGCACUGUCUAUCUUGCCAUUGGUGGGAUACAACUGUUCUUCUUACUCAUGUCUAUCCCAAUGUACAUGUACGGAAAGCGGGCCCGUAUGUGGACCGUUCGCAAGCGCCUGAUGGAACGCUUCUGA